CAAAACAAAAAAAUAACCUCAAAAGUUGGCAAAGUUGUCAAACAAAUGAAACAAAUUGGAAACAAAUCUUAGUAAGCAAAAGUCGAAACAAACCUGAAAAACAUUACCUAUUGAUUAAAUAAGUUUUGAUAUUAAGUUUCAAUUCCUUCUAGGUUACAUUUGGCAGUAAAGCGACUUGAAGUUUUUAACUAAAUAAAUAUGGUAGCGAAGUUAGAUAAAUCCCAAGUAGAUAGAAUAGUUCAAAGUUGUUUAGAUUUGUACAGUGAGUUGCCGAAAACUGGAAAACCUGUGGAAGGAGAGUGGACAGUGAUGUCGUGUUUAGUGCAGUAUGACAUUGUGAGCGGCGGUCACGAGGUGGUGUCGCUGGGCAGCGGCUCCAAGUGCGUGGGAGCCGGGGCUCUAAGCGCGGCCGGGGACCGCCUCAACGACAGCCACGCCGAGGUGGUCGCGCGCCGCGCGCUGCUACUCUAUCUCCUAGAUAAUGUCAAAAAGGCUAUCGACAAUAAACCAUCUGUUUUUAGAUUAGAAACCAAUAGAUUCAUUUUGGAUGAAAAUAUUCAAUUCAUCUUCUAUUCGUCCCAGUUACCGUGCGGUGAUGCAUCUAUUGUCUCUAAAGAUGGAGAAGAGGAGUUCUUUGGUGAUUUGGUACAAUCGUUGAAAAGACAUGCUGGUGAUGAUGUUUGCAGAGCAGAGAGUAAGAGAGCUAAGGAAGCAGACAUUCACCGAACUGGGGCUAAAUGUUUACCUGAACUGCUACAAGAUCCGAAGCUACCCGGGGCUCAAUAUCAUUUACUUGGUCAAGUGAGGACUAAGCCUGGGCGAGGUGACCGCACACUGUCAGUAUCCUGCAGUGACAAGAUGGCCCGCUGGGUUCACAUGGGUGUCCAGGGAGCGCUGCUGGAUUUGUUGUGUGGACCAAUUUUCAUUUCACACUUCAUAUUUGGUGCCGGUGUACCGUACUCUGAAGAAUCCUUAAAGAGAGCUAUGUUAGAGCGAUUUACAGACUGUCCAGUAAUGUGCUCAAAUCCUCCACAGUUUUAUCAGUCGACAUUGACCUUCCCUUAUAAAAAGUCUGAAAGUAACUUGAGACCAGCUGCAGGAAGUGUUAUAUGGAGUAAAGUUAAUGAGACUCCAGAGGUUGCCGUUCAGGGUAGAAAACUGGGAUUAACAAAGAAGAAAGCUGGGUUACGUGCACAUUCAUUGAGUGUCAGUAAAUAUAAACUUUAUGAGAGACUUCUAAAUAUUCUGCUGUCAAAUACAGAACUCAGAUUAAAUAUAUUGGGUGAUGUUUGUCUUGAAAAUGUUCCCUACAAUCAAAUGAAAAUGAAGUCUAAGAAAUAUUAUGAAAAAUGGAUGAAAGUGAAGGAAAACUUCUUUAAAGCUUGGACAGUAAAGCCUGAUAUUUGGGACUUUUGUGUAAAGCUAGAUAUGCCGAAACCCUCUUAGUAUUGAGAAGGUUAGUACAGAAAUACUCUGUGGUUAGUAUCUAUUUAGUGGGUCACUUGUUUUAUGGGACACUCUCACUUCACUCUUCAACCUCUUCAAUGUGCACCCAAGGAGUGCAUAACAUGUUUUACUUAAAUACAUACAUAACUACACUUGUCUGCUCUGUGUCAUGUCCUCUAAUAGGAACCUAAUUUAUGUGUGUUAUACAUAUUAUAAAGUACCUAUGUUAAUACCUAAUUUAUGUUGGGCUAAAAGGAAGGUUGCUGGAAAUCUUGUAAGCAUUUACUUAUGUAGUAGUUGUUUUAUAAACGUUUUGUGUCCGGAUAAUAUUCACUUUAGGUAGGUACCUAUUGCGUUUUUUUAGUAUUCCCUUAGUAUAAGAAGACAGGUAUGCUCAAAACUGACAGCUAGCAUUUCAAAGAUAGCCCAGCUGACGUCAUCCAACCCUGCGUUGCCAUUUCGUAAUAAAAAAUAAAUUACCCUCGUCCAAUGUUUUGAAGUUGAAGGAAAUAUUGUACUUUUAGUAAAAUAUUUACGUACAGUUGUAAUGAUUUUUAUAAAUGUGACAAAUAAUAGUCUUCUUCUUCUCUCGUGUGGGUUGUGAGGUGGAUUACCAACCUCAUCAACCCUGGUAUCAGGGUUACUAUAGCCGCCAAAGGCUGUCCAUGACUCAUGUAACGACCACUUACUUACAUCAGUAAGUAGUACCGGGACCAACGGCUUAACGUGCCUUCCGAAGCACGGAUCAUCUUACUUUCGGACAAUCAGGUAAUCAGCCUGUAAACAAAUAGUAAUUAAAUACAUUAGUCAGUAAUUCACUUAAUUUUCAAUAAUAAAAUUUACGUCCUUGAAAUGUUGGAGAUACCAAUUGAAUGGUAACACUUACGUCAUCAAUGGGCUAGCAAUGGCGGCUUGUCAUAGGAUUGAGAAUACGGUCUUCUUAUACCAUGAGUAUUCCCAAGUUCCCGUACCAAGACGCUGUCCGUCCAUCAGUUUGACUGUUACUGGGCUUUUUUGUUAACCAUUAGAUAGACGGUUCUAAGCUGGAUUUAAUAACAAAUCAUAGUAAAAAGAACAAGUAAAACAUUAAUAAGUGUAUGUUUUUUUAGGGUUCCGAACCUCAAAAGGAAAAAUGGAACCCUUAUAGGAUCACUUUGUAGUACGUAGAUAUGUCAAGUCAAGACCUUCUUCUCGGAAUCGCGUGAAGGUAUCGAAUUCUGAUGUCUGUGGUCUUAUGAAGCUGUUUUAAGUUUACGCGGUUAUUAUCAUAAUUAAAGCACAUAAUAACGGGUUCUUACCGCGUUUAAAUGGGGAUAUGAGACUCCCGAUAUUUCGACACUGUUGCAAGUGCCAUGAUCACGGGAUGACUGAUGAGAUUGGAGUGGAGUAGGUAGAUCCAUAAUUUUCUACGGGCAGACAUAUCUGUCUACCCUCUUUCUUUGCCGCUUGUUUAUGUUUUUGAUAUCGGAAUGUUCGGAACCAUCUGAACUCGCACCAAACUCACUACGACAAACCGCUCUCACUGUGUCCUCACGUUUUUUCACCACAUUAGGCCGUUUCAAGCUUUUUACAACACCUACUACUGGAUUCCACAUGCUCGAUAAUUUGAACCCGUCUUCCCUGUUGAAAUUUUUAUGUUUUCUGAUUUCAGUAGCCUCUUUUACGAGUCUGGGGAUGUAAUGACGUUCUGUCGAUAAUAUUUGUGGAUUGUUAAACUCGAUCCAGUGGUUAGGGGCCCUAACUUAGGGCCCGACUCCAGUACGUGCUCAGCUAUAGCAGAUUUCUGCACGUCGUUUUUCUUCAUGGCACUAAUAUGUUCUUUAAUCCGGCAAGAAAUAGACCGUUUUGUUUGUCCGAUGUACGAACUACCACAACUACAGUCUAUUUUGUAUACGCCGGGGGCUCUCAAACGGAAAACAGUCUUUCGGGGAACGUAGACUCUGUGCGAUUUUCUUUGAAGGGGUAAAGAUAGUUUUUAUUAAAUAUUUAUUCAAAAUAUUUCCUAUCUUAUCGGUAACUCCCUUCAGAUAUGGAAGAAAUGCUGGCUGACGUUCAACCCUGGGUACGGUCGUCUUGACCUUUGGUUUUGGCCGCAAGGCUCCAACAAUACAACAAUAUCGGGAGUCUCAUAUCCCCAUUUAAACGCGGUAAGAACCCGUUAUUAUGUGCUUUACUUAUGAAGCUGUAUAAAAAUAAAGCUUAUAAAUCAACGCAAACCAAAGAUAUGCUUGUUUUUCCCUUUACAAACUUAUACUUAACUUCUAGUAAGUUGUGUUGCUAUAUUGUGUUAUCUAUUUGAUUGUUGUGCUAUUUUGUCAACGGCAACGUCAAAUCAUUGUUUGUUUGCGACGACGCGGACGCAGCGCAGAGUUAUAAGUUUCAUCCAGCCUAUGUACGAGUAUCUUAUCGAAAUGAUUUAGAUGCAAUUUUUUUCGUUUAGUAUAUGGUAUUAUCGACAAGGUUCUUAGAUAUGGUUAUAGGAACUCGACAAUAAAAUGACGCAAGUUUGGGCUUGUUUAAUUACUUAGUCUUAAUGAGCACUCUGGCCCUAAGUGGUUGGUAUUCAACUUCUGAUGAUGACCAGGUAAUUAUGGGAUAGGAAGUUAACAUUAAAAUGACGUAAACCCUUCGAGUUUGGGCUUGUUUGAUUUGUGUUGCACUCUGGCACUAGGUGGUUGAUAUUCAGCGUCUGAUGAUGACAAGGUGAUCAUAAUAUAGGAACUCGACAUUAAA